AUGUAUCGAUUUUCUUAUAAAGUAAACCAGCGGCGUUGUAUUCGACGAAUUAAACGUCAAUCAGUUCAUAAGAUAAUUGUUCCUGAUAGUGAGUCUUCUGAUAAUAGCCACUUUAGUGAAAGUAAGGAGGACCUAUUAGAAACACACCAUCAGGAGCAACAACCAUAUGAACAAAUAUCUCAUAUGUCAAUUAGUAAUGAAUAUGAUUCAUUUGAAACAAGUGUUGAUCAUUUGGAUGAUGAUAUCAAUUGGAUUAGUGAAGAAGAAUAUGAAGAUGAUAAACGUCCACUUUAUAAUGGUUCCUCGAUCACUGUUACUAAUGCAGUUCAUCGUAUUACUAAUUUUUACUUGAAUAUCAAUUUGGACAAACACAAGGUCAAUGGUUUAUUACGGUUAAUUAAGUCCUUAUUACCAAAACCGAAUUUGUUACUGUCAACGUUAAAAUCUAUGAACAAAGUCUUGCACUACUUUCCAUCAACAUCCAUCGUAUUACUAUGUUCUGAUUGUUAUCAUUCAUGUGAUAAACUUGGAAUACGUUCCCAAAUGUGUGUUGAUCCAAAUUGUUCAACAUCAUUUCGUCACCGUCGUACCACAUAA